GGGCUCAGGCCCAGUGUCAGUGUUACCUGAUCACGAGAGGAGAAGGAAGAGGAGGGACAGCCCCCCUUUUGCAAACGCCUCUCGCUUCUUUUGCGCAGAGAGUGUAGGAGCACCUGGAGGAGACCUUGGUGUUCCUCAACCAGACGAUAGAAAGAGACGGCAGAGAGAGACCGGGCUCACACAGGGCUGACCAGCGAGUCAGGGGGCUCUACGCCUCAGGGCUCUGGCCCUGUGUUGCAGACUCGUCUCACUUCUGCCUCAGACCCAGUGUAGGAGCACCUGGAGGAGACCUCGGUGUUCCUCAACCAGACGAUAGAAAGAGACGGCAGAGAGAGACCGGGCUCACACAGGGCUGACGAGCGAGUCAGGGGGCUCUACGCCUCAGGGCUCUGGCCCUGUGUUGCAAACUCGUCUCACUUCUGCCUCAGAACCAGUGUAGGAGCACCUGGAGGAGACCUUGGUGUUCCAAGGAGAGAGACCCACCGCUGACAGUCACCAUGUCAGACAGGGAGCAGGCGGCCCCCAGAGGGAGGGAGCCAGCAUGCCUGCUGUGUCGGCAAUCAGAUGCUGACUCGGACAUCUGCGGGGAAAAACUCUUCAUACAUGGGUUCUGUGCCCACGAGAACUGCCUGUUUUUUGCCAACAACUUUCCUGACCGCCCGGUUCAUCAAGGAGGACUCUGGUGUCUUCACUCAUGGGAGAUCCGAGAUGUAGUCUCCCAGGCGGCAGAGCAGAGCUGCAGCAUCUGUGGCCAAAUCGGGGCCACCAUUUACUGCUGUAGAAGACACUGUGAUGUGAGCUUCCACCUGCCCUGUGCCAGGCAGGGAGGCUGUGUCACCCAGUUCUGCAGACCAUUCAGGGCCUUCUGUGCUGCACACAGACCAGAGCAGGCAGUGGAGGCGACUCCAGAGCCGGGCACCGAAUGCCUCAUCUGCAUGGAGCCUGUGGAGGACAGAAAGACCUUUAACACCCUGGUGUGCCCAGCCUGCAAAAGUGCCUGGUUCCACAGGGACUGCAUCCAAGGACAGGCUCUGCAUGCUGGUUAUUUCUCCAUCCAGUGCCCCCUCUGCAGAAAUGAUGACGCAUUUCGCAAGGAUCUGCUCACCAUGGGGAUCCGAAUCCCCUUCAGACCACCAACAUGGGAGGGCUUUAAUGCAUUUGAUGAGCUGGGAGACAGACACAGGCGCUGUGAUGCCAGUGAGUGCCUUUUUCCAGGAGGCAGGCAGGAGGCAGAGCGACAGGGGCCCUGGGAACUGCUCCUGUGCUCCUCCUGUGCUGCCGAGGGCACCCACAGACACUGCUCUGGCCUGAGGGACAGCAGAUCCAGCUGGGAAUGUGAUGGCUGUGCUGGCCUGGGCACAUCCUCCCGAGUUGACUCCCGGCUUCCUGGUGUCAGCAUGGCCAGGCAGUCAGGACUGGAGCCUUGUGAUGGCUCCAGGGAACCCCAGACCACCAGCACCAACGCAGGCAUCCUCGUGCUACCAGGGCUGUCUCCCAGUUCUGCACCACUGGAGACCAUCAGCCCCAGCACCAGCGCCCAGGUGCCUGCCCCUGGAUCUUCAACACCACAGACCAGCCACCGCCGUACCAACCGACAGACAACAUGGGAGCAGUCUGUGCAAACUCCCUCACAGGAGACGAGCAGCUCCAGCCCUGAGAGUCAAGUAACAUCGGGGUCAUCCCACAGCACCUUCACAGAAACUGAGGACAGCAGCAGCUCCAGCAGUCGGGGGCCUGACCGCCGGCAAAACCACCCCCGCCGGCAACGUCGGGCCCAAAAUCCACACUUUCGGUCCAGAAGUCCCCUGGACAGGACCCAUGAGCCAUCACCAAGUCCUGGGAGGCGCAGGCCCAGGCCGAGACCAUCGGGGACAUCCCGCAGGCGAAACCGCUCCCGCCUGCAACGUGAGACCCCAAAUCCAUCCGGCCGGUCCAGAAGUCGCCACGACAGGAGCCAGGUGAGAGCGCCCAGUGCUGGGAGGAGCAGCCGCAGCCGGGAGACAUCAAGGACAUCCCGAACACAAAAUCGCUCCCGCCAACAACAUCAGACCCCAAAUCCAUCUGGCCGGUCCAGAAGUCGCCGUGAUAGAAACUGUGUGAGAGCACCAAGUGCUGGGAGCCGCAUCCCCAGCCAGGAAGCAUCAGGGACGUCCCGCAGGCGAAACCGCUCCCGCCGGCAACGUCAGACCCCAAAUCCAUCCGGCCGGUCCAGAAGUCCCCUUGACAGGAACUGCACGCCAGCACCGAGUGCUGGGAGGCGAAACUCAAGGGAGACAGCAGCCAGGACUUCCCAAAGGCAACAGCACUCCCGCCAGCAGCGGCGGACAUGGAACUCAUCCACCAGAUCCAGAAGUCCCCACGACAGGAGCCGUGUUAGAGCACCCAGUACUGCCAGGCGCACUCACCGGUGGGACGGUGAGACACGGACCCACCGCUGACACGUCCCACGUCAGACAGGGAGGAGGAGGCCCGGAAGGGAGAGAGCCAGCAUGACUGCUCUGUCAACAAUCAGCGGCUGACCCGGACAUCUGUGGGGAGAAAAUGCAGAAACAUGGGAUCUGUUUCCACGUGUUCUGCCUGUUUUUUACCAGCCACCUUCCUCUGCACAAUGAUGAUCAAGUACAACUCCAGGGCUUUCUCCCAAGGGAUAUCCUACAUGCAGUCAACCGAGCGGCACAGAAGAGCACCAUCAUGGCAGGGCUUUAAUGCAUUUGCCCAGCUAGGAGACAGACACAGGCACUGCGAUGCCAGUGAGUGCCUUUUUCCAGGAGGCAGGCAGGAGGCAGAGGAGGAGGGGCCCUGGGAACUGCUCCUGUGCUCCUGUGCUGCUGAGGUCACACUCAGGCACUGCUCUGGCCUGAGGGGCAGGGACCCACCGCUGACACGUCCCAUGUCAGACAGGGAGGAGGAGCCCCCCGAAGUGAGGGAGCCAGCAUGCCUGCUGUGUCAACAGAGGCUGACCCGGACAUGUGUGGGGAAAAUCUCCAGAUAAAUGGGUUGUGUGUCCACAAGUUCUGCCUGUAUUUUGCUAGCCACCUCCUUCACCAAGCAGUUGAUCGAGUAGGACUCAGUGUUUUCACCCCAAGGGAUAUCCUAGAUGUAGUCUCCUGGGCGGCACAGAAGACCACCAUCAUGGAGAACCAUACUGCAUUCAAUGAGCUGGGAGACAGACACAGGCACUGCGAUGCCAGUGAGUGCCUUUUUCCAGGAGGCAGGCAGGAGGCAGAGGAGGAGGGGCCCUGGGAACUGCUCCUGUGCUCCUCCUGUGCUGCCGAGGGCACCCCCAGGCACUGCUCUGGCCUGAGGGACAUCAUAACCAGCUGGGAAUGUGAUGGCUGUGCUGGCCUGGGCACAGCAUCCAGUUAAGACCCAGAGCUUUUGCUCUCAUGAAGGACUCUUCUGACAACUUCAAGGAAUACGAGACCAUCACCCUCAGUACAAGCAAACUCCAUACAAACUGACAGGCAAAUCCCUCUCACAAAAGACGAGCAGCUCCAGCCCUGACAGUCAGAUCCUGAAGUCACCGUGACAGGAGCCGUGUUAGAGCACCAGUGCUGGGAGCUCCACUCACCAGUGGGACGGUGAGACAGGGACCCACCGCUGACACGUCCCACGUCAGACAGGGAGGAGGAGCACCCGAAGGGAGGGAGCCAGCAUGCCAGCUGUGUGGACGAUCAGAGGCUGACCCAGAUGUGUGGAGAAAAAAUCCAGAUAAAUGGGCUCUGUUUCCACGAGUUCUGCCGGGUGAGUUGCUUCAUGUUUUGACAGGCAGUCCCUGCCACUCUCUCCUCAUCAGUACGUGUUGUUUUUUCUACAGGUUUUUGCCAGCCACCUUCAUCUGCACAAUGAUGAUCAAGUAGGAUUCCAGGGCUUUCUCCCAAGGGAUAUCCAAGAUGUAGUCUCCCGGGAAGCACAGAAGAGCUGCUGCAUCUGUGGCCAGAACGGGGCCACCAUCGCCUGCUGGGAAACAGUCUGUGACCUGAGCUUCCACCUGCCCUGUGCCAAGCAGGGAGGCUGUGUCACCCAGUUCAUUCCACCGUACAGCUCCUACUGCCCCGCACACAGCCCAGAGCAGGC